AUGUCAACAAACUCCAAUCCCACAUCAGGCUUCCAAUUCAAUCACACGAUGUACAGAGUGAAGAAUUACAAAGCCUCACUUGAUUUCUACACGCGCAUUCUGGGUAUGAGCCUUCUCGACUCGUUCGAAGGUGGCGAUUUUACACUUUUCUUUCUCGCUUUCGACGGCGCUGGAAGCGAGUCGGAAAGGAAAGCUAGCAAGUUCUCGAGAGAGGGCGUCUUAGAGCUCACUUACAAUCACGGCACUGAGUCGCAGGAUGUGACAUACGCGAAUGGCAACACAGAGCCUUACCGAGGCUUUGGACAUAUUGCUAUUACGGUGCCCGAUAUAGUUGCCGCGUGUGAUUACUUUGAGGAGCAGAAAGUAGCUUGGAAGAAGCGUCUAACAGAUGGCAAGAUGAGGAAUAUUGCAUUUAUCCUCGACCCAGACGGCUACUGGAUUGAGAUUGUGGAGAAUAAGAUGAGAAUAUAA